CAACACGAGUGAGGUAAACCCAAUCCUCCCAGCUGACAACUCAGAACUAGAAAGUGCCCGGAGGAGUGAAAGCAAAAUAAACGUGUGGGGAAGGUGGCGAUGCACUCCUACAGAGGAAGAUGUCAUUAGGAAAAGGCUAAAAACAAGUUCAAAUCACCUUUAGCCUCUUCCCUCCCCUCCCCAGCAAGACCUCUCCCUCCGCCUCUUCCCCUCUCCUCCCCCCAGCUCCUCCUCCCCCCUUUUCAGCAGGAGCUGCAGCCGGAUCGGGACUAUAUCCCUACAGUUCACGGCUCUCUGACGGAGCGUGGAUCCUCCUGAAAAACUUCAAGUAAAACAGGAGCUGGGAGAACACACACACGAAGAUAUAUUAAGAAAGCAGUGUUUGGAGAUCUUUGAAAACACAAACCAAAACACCAGCCCCGAAGCCCCAACCCCUUGGCUAGCUCUUAUGGGAAUGAAACACUCCUCCCGCUGCCUGCUCCUAAGGAGGAAAAUGGCGGAGAACGCUGCCGACAGCACCGAGGUUUGCACCAUUCCAUCCCAGCCUCCUCAGCCUACUGUUGUUCCAAAGCCUGUUCAGUCUGUCAUCCAUGUUCCAUUGCAACCAAGCUGCCCGGGCCGAGGCAAGAUGGCAAAGCUCAUCAAUCCAGAAGAGAUGACAUCCAGGGAUUAUUACUUUGAUUCCUAUGCUCACUUUGGAAUUCAUGAGGAAAUGUUAAAAGAUGAAGUGCGCACAUUAACUUAUAGAAACUCAAUGUAUCACAAUAAACAUGUUUUUAAAGAUAAGAUUGUCCUCGAUGUUGGAAGUGGCACGGGAAUCCUCUCCAUGUUUGCUGCAAAGGCAGGAGCCAAGAAGGUAUAUGGGAUUGAAUGCUCAAGUAUAUCCGACUACUCAGAAAAAAUUAUCAAGGCCAACCACUUGGACAACAUAAUCACAAUAUUUAAAGGUAAAGUGGAAGAAGUUGAAUUACCCGUGGAUCAAGUAGACAUCAUAAUCAGCGAGUGGAUGGGUUACUGUCUGUUCUAUGAGUCAAUGUUAAACACAGUCAUCUUCGCACGAGACAAGUGGCUGAAACCUGGAGGGCUAAUGUUUCCAGACCGAGCUGCUUUGUACGUGGUAGCAAUUGAAGACAGACAGUACAAGGACUUCAAAAUUCACUGGUGGGAGAAUGUGUACGGCUUUGACAUGACCUGUAUUAGGGAUGUUGCCAUGAAGGAGCCCUUGGUGGACAUAGUAGAUCCAAAGCAAGUGGUGACCAACGCCUGCUUAAUAAAGGAAGUAGAUAUUUAUACAGUGAAGACUGAAGAAUUGGAAUUUACUUCUGCAUUCUGCCUCCAAAUUCAACGCAAUGAUUAUAUUCAUGCCUUGGUCACCUAUUUUAAUAUUGAAUUUACAAAGUGCCACAAGAAGAUGGGAUUUUCUACAGCACCUGAUGCUCCUUAUACUCACUGGAAGCAAACUGUCUUCUACUUGGAGGACUAUUUAACUGUGAGACGAGGAGAAGAAAUCUAUGGGACUAUAUCCAUGAAACCAAAUGCAAAAAAUGUGCGUGACCUGGAUUUCACAGUAGACUUGGAUUUUAAAGGACAGCUAUGUGAAAUGUCAGUAUCUAAUGACUACAAAAUGCGUUAGCAAGAAACCUCUCAGAGAGAUGAAAAGGAGAAUUUUAUCAAGUCUUGAACUGCUGAGCUUCAAGCUAGGAACAACUGUUCACAAGAUUAUUAUAUUAAAUACUAGAAUGUUUACUCUGAUGGAGGGUGGUAACCUGAUCUUUCUUGCAGAUAGUACAGGGGGCUGGGAUCCCACUGUGAAUGUACAGUAUACAGAACUGUAGCUUUUGUUAAACAUAGGAAAAAAAAAUAAGCAACAGUCUUGAGUGUUCUGGUUAACUUUAGGGUGGCAGAAGAUGCUUAUACAAAUUGUAUUACUUACUGUGAAUUUCUGGUUCUUCCAAGCUUUGCAUGUUAAAGAUGAUUAGGGCAGUUUUCUCACUAUGAAAGACUACUACAGCACAUUACUGUGAUAGUAUUACUGGACUUAUAUUCAAUAUAAAUGAAUAUAUAUAUUGUACAUGAGGAAAAAAAGUCACUUCAUAAUAGGAAUUUGUUUUGUGAUUAUUUAAUUAUCAUUACGCAGUUAUGGAAAGAUAAUGAUGUUACCGCUGGCGCUACUCUAGGCAGUGAUAUAUUCCAUUAACUGUCCAAUGUUAUAGCUUUGGUAAAUAUUCCAUGCAAAGUGUAGAUAAGAGCUGGGCAUUUACAGGAAGUUCAACAACUAUAUUUUUGAAUGUCCUCUGAAAAUGUGGACCAUUAGUUUUGAAAUUCACCUUUACAACUGGAUGUCUGUCAGAGCUUUAAAAAACAUUAGCUUUUUAUCCUUGAAAAUAUUCUGUGGUGAGUUUUUAUAGCUGGAUUUUGCAUGAGACUUUCACAAAUCAGACACCUAGUAUUUAAAUGUGAUGAAUGCAAAGUCUCUGAAAUGGUGGAUAAUUCAUGCUUCUUGCCAUGCCAUAUUUCAGUUCUUUGCAAAAUUAUUAAUACAAAAUAAUUUUUAAAAAAAUAGGAACUAGUGUUACCUUUUGGUGAUGUUUUAGAUAAGUUUUAAAUUGCAAAUAUUAUUCUCAAGAGUGCAGUAAUUUGCAGGAGCAAGUCAAUGUCUUUAAAAAAAAAAAAGUCGAUGGCUUCUGAUAUUACUAAGAUGUCUGUAGCUUUCCCAUCCCCUUGAGUCCCUUGUUUUUCGUACAAAAUCUCCUGCUUAUUGUUAAAAUAUUAAGUGCUUAUAAUUCCUCAUAUAUAUGUAUCAGGUCUUUUUACUAUAUGAAUGUGAGCCAUUUAACCACAUGUAAUUCAUCAACAACCGCAUCACCAGUCCUAUUGACACAUUUUCCAGUCUGUCUGGCAUUAGGCACUAAAUCAUGUUCUAUCUUGUACUGGAUAAGAUUGACUAGUUUUUUGCCUAAAAAUAUUUUUAAUCACCUGCAAAUAAAGCAUACUUGAAGAUGUA